GUCUACACGUACAGAGGUCCAGGACAAGCCGUACACCCGACGUACAGUUCGAAUUUGGCGUCGAAUUCUGCUGAGCAAUCUGAGUACGAGUCAAAUUCCGUGACUGAACCAGAAACGGUUGGCAGUGUCUACGGAGGAGAGUACCCAGGCGCUGUUGAGGAAAUUUACACGCCUCCACAAACUGCUGCGCCAACUCGUCCAACUACGACACCUCGUCCACGACCCACAACAACUCGUCCGCGUCCACAGACAACUACUCCAACGACGACACAGAAACCAAUGACAGCGGCGAUCACUGCUCAAUCGUUGACACAGCAGAUUCGACGUCUACCAGCUGUUCUCUAUUUGGAUUCACGUGCUGAAGGUAGCGCCGAGUUGGAAAAGUUACUUCGUGAUACCUACAGUCUUCCACUGGUGGCGUUCUACGUCGAUAAAAUCAGCAAACCACAGCUGGCUCAGAAAUACCUGCACCAACUGACUGCCCACAAGACGUUACCGUACUUGUUUAUCUGCGGGACCUUCAUUGGAAGUGAACAACAUAUACAGAACUACCAUAAAAACGGUCAAAUACCACAAUUGGUCGAAUACGUUUGUGGUGAGGAACAUAAGAAGCCAAAGAAGACCACUAAGAAGACGACGAAUUCGUAG